GGCGGCACUUCUCUGAGCGAGGACAACAAGGAAUUGAAUCAGUUACGCUCUGCUGAAAGGGACAGUGAUGUCACUGAGAUGAAAUACACGCUUCCUCUUGGGUUUUCUGUUGACUCCAGAGACGCAGCAGGCAGAACGCCGCUAAUGAAUGCUGCUUUGUAUGUCAACUUUCAAGCGGUAAAGAAUCUGAUUAAGAGAGGAGCAGAUCCGUCCCUGGUGGACAACGGAGGAUGGAAUUCGUUACAUUUUGCCGCAAAGGGCGGAGACACUGAUAUCAUUGCUCUUAUCCAUACUCAUUUGCUAAAGAUUGGGUCACAAACAGGCGAGGGUUACACGCCACUGAUGGUAGCGGCUUUCAGUGGCAAAUUAAAUGCAGUGGAAUGGUUUCUUGAGAAGGGGGCAACUGUAAACUGUGUAGACAACACAGAAUGGAACACGUUACAUUAUGCCGCACAGGGCGGAGACACUGAUAUUAUAUCUCUAAUCCAUAUUCACCUGCCCAACAUUGAGUCAAAAACAGACGAGGGUUGCACGCCACUAAUGGUGGCCGUUUUUUAUGGCAAAUUACACGCAUUGCAAUGGUUUCUUGAGAAGGGGGCAGCAGUAACCUGUGAAGACAACAGAGGAUGGAACACGUUACACUAUGCUGCACAGGGUGGAGACACAGAUAUUAUAUCUCUAAUCCAUACUCACCUGCCUAAAAUUGAGUCAAGGACCAACGGGGGUACCAGACCACUAAUGGUGGCGGCUUUUUGUGGCAAAUUACAUGCAGUGCAAUGGUUUCUUGAGAAGGGGGCAGCAGUAACCUGUGAAGACAACAGAGGAUGGAACACGUUACACUAUGCUGCACAGGGUGGAGACACUGAUAUUAUAUCUCUAAUCCAUACUCACCUGCCCAAAAUUGAGUCACGGACCAACGCGGGUUCCACACCACUGAUGGUGGCAGCGUUGUGUAGCAAAUUACAUGCAGUAAAAUGGUUUCUUGAGAAGGGGGCAACUGUGAACUGUGAAGACAACAGAGGAUGGAAAACGUUACAUCAUGCCUCAAAGGGCGGAGACACUGAUAUUAUAUCUCUAAUCCAUACUCACCUGCCCAACAUUGAGUCAAACACAGGCGAGGGUUACACGCCCCUAAUGGUGGCGGCUUUUUGUGGCAAAUUACAUGCAGUGCAAUGGUUUCUUGAGAGGGGAGCCAAUCCUUGGGCUAAAGAUAACAAAGGAAAGGAUUCUUUUUAUCAUGCCUCAUCAUGUGACUCAGAUGUUUUGGACUUGCUGAAGAGUCACGUGGCUAAAAGUGAGUAA